GAAUAGCAACUGUUUACCUGUUCGUGUGUGUGUAUGUGAGAGAGAGAGAGAGAGAGAGAGAGAAAGAUGCACACAACUACCCUCCCUUUCGUGCAGCAUCAGGAUUCCUUGCACAGACACGGAUACACAUACAACACUUAAACUGGAUCAACCUUUUCCAUCUUCCUGGGUGGGAAGGCUAAUAAUUUCCCCUGUUUCUGUGAAUUGGGCAAGUCCUGAGAGAAGCUGCUAUGUCUCAACAAGGAGAUGCUGUGAGGAUCUGGCAUGGCAUGGCCAGAGAUAAAUGUCGCUUGUAUUUUUAAUUCUGCUCAACCUGAAGUUCAAAGCAUAAAUGCUUGGAAAUCAAACCUGCUGUAGUAAGGCUGGUGACUAUCCAAGUGGAAUGGAACAGUCAUGAAUGGCGAUGCUUUUUGUCAAGAACCUCCCUCCCAGCUUCCUGACUGGCGGGAAUUCUGUGAGCUCCAUGCCCAGGCUGCUGCAGUGGACUUUGCUCAGAAGUUCUGCCAGUUCCUGAAGGAAAAUCCCCACUACGACACUCCUGGAGCCGAGACUUCCUUCUCUCAUCAUUUUGCAGCAAAUUUCUUGGACAUCUUCAGCCUGGAGGUCAACAGGGUGUUUGUGUCCAAUUCUCCUACGAAGUAUAACAUUGUCCCGUUUGUGGGCCUUCAGAACUGCCACAUGCCUUAUGGACGGGAUCUCUUGCCAAGAAAAGAGCAGACUUCCGUGGAGUCUCUAGACAGCAUGGACCACACACUCACCUCCAGCAGGUACUUGAGCCAAACCCAACAGGCUCAGGCAAGAAAAGUCUCCUCGUACGGCCAGUCUCGAAGCUCCGAAGAUGUCUCUGUCCACAGUUCUUCCAAGACAAAAUUCAAGAAAGGUUUUUCUCUGAGGAACAUGAGCUUGUGCGUGGUGGACGGCAUGAAGGAGAUGUGGCAUCGGCGGUCUUCUCCCGAGCCAGGUGCAGAAUCCAUGCAGAGCAAACAGUCUGAGAGGGAACACUGUCCUCCUGUUAGCAAAGAACAUAGCGAUUCCAGAGAGAAAUGGACCCACAAACUCUGGCUUUCCAAGGGCCAAUCUUCUAAAGUGGAUUUAGUGGACAUUCAGAGAGAGGGAACCCUUCGCUACAUGGUUGCCGAUGACACAAACUGUGUGGGUACCUCUCAGUGGCAAAAAUGCCGUUUGCUACUAAGGAAAGCAGUGAAGAUGGAAGGGGAAAGGUUCCUUCUCGAGUUCUAUGUUCCUCCUAAGGCUUCCAAAGCAAAGGUCAGCAUCCCUCUCUCGGCUAUCAUUGAAGUGCGCACAACUAUGCCAUUGGAGAUGCCAGACAAGGAUAACACCUUUGUGCUGAAGGUAGAAAAUGGUGCUGAAUAUAUCCUUGAAACGAUAGAUUCGUUGCAGAAACAUUCCUGGGUGGCGGAUAUACAAGACUGCAUAGAUCCUGGUGUUCAGCAUACAGCUGCAGAAACUCACUGGUGCAGCACCAUCCACUGUCCAAACGCCCACUCUUCUCUUCUUUCCAGGGACAGUGGUGAUGACAUUGAACUCUCUUCCUGUACCCAAGGAGCUUGCCUGCCAAGCAGAGUGUCAUCUUGUAGCUGUGAGUUCCUGGCUGAUGAUGUGACCCGAUGCCAGGAUAGAUGUGUUGGCUCAACUGCCUCAGAUAGCAUAUCAAAUGCUACCACAAUUGUAACAGCACCACAUGGCAGGAUCUCUGCAGGGGAAUAUAGAGCGCAUGUGCCAUUAGAGAACUUCCUGCAAACACUGGAGUCUCCAGCCAAUAGCAGUCACACAGCAGGAGAUGAAAAUGAGCUGGAAGCAGAAAUCAAUCUCUUGGAGUUCCCUUGGUUCCACGGGACACUAUCGCGGGUUAAAGCAGCCCAGCUAGUACUGUUUGGUGGAGUCAAAAGCCAUGGAUUAUUUGUCAUUCGGCAGAGCGAAACACGGCCUGGUGAAUAUGUGCUGACCUUUAACUUCCAGGGAAAAGCCAAGCACCUGCGUUUGUCCUUAAAUGAAAAUGGUCAGUGCCACGUCCAACAUCUUUGGUUCCAGAGUAUUUUUGAUAUGCUGCGGCAUUUUCAUAUGCAUCCCAUCCCACUGGAGUCAGGUGGUUCUGCUGACAUAACCCUCCGCAGCUAUGUAAUGGCCCAGAGUACACUGCCGGAGCUCACUCAAUCUCCAGCAGUAGCUUCCCAGCAGCCUGCUUGCAGAAAUGACCUCCAGUCUCAACAUUACUUUUCCAGCUUUGUUCCGGUCACUUUCCAGCCAGCAUCUCCCUCAGAGGGCACUACCUCUUCCUCUUCUUCCUCAGCCAGCCAUUCACUUUACCAUAGGAUGGAAGGGACUCUGAACGCCCGAAGCCGAAGUAACAGCACAGAGCGGUUGUUUGAUUCGGCUGCUGUUGGCACAGAAGAUUACCAUGAAAGUGAAGGUUCACGCAACAGAACCAGAGCAGUUGAAAACCAAUACUCUUUCUACUGACUUUGUUGAUGGAGUGGUUUUCAGUGCAUCUCUCUCAUUUGGAUCAGUAGUUUUGGAGAAUUGAAAAGAAUUGAAUUGAAAAGGUCUUCAUCUCCUUGUUGGCUACUUUUUAUAGCAUUUAUUAUUGCUUUUCUCCAGGCCUGUGAAUAUGUGUACAAUACCUUCUCGCAUUCUUUCAUACUAAAAAGUAAAGAUAGUCCUUCCUAUUCCUGAGGAGGUACAGUGGUGGUCGUCUUCACAUAGCUACAAAACGUCAGAGUGAAACACAAUCUUUCUCUUUUACUUAACUUUUUGGGUCCAGGAGCACAAUCUAGAAUUACGGAGAAAAAACUACAUCUGCAUGGAGUCAGGUUAUUUCACUUGUGUUUCUUUUUUUUCUAUUUUGGCUGCCUGAAUUUGGAUGAAAUCAGAAAAUUAGAACCAGGAAAUGGUGAUUUAAAAAGUGAAUUGAAGCUGGGCAAUUGUAGCUAAUUGUUGCUAAGACUUCAUAUUGCCCCAUAAUCAGCAAUGUCGAGAUGUGUACUUUGAGGCCAAUGCUGGAAUGACUAGCAAAAGUGAUUUUCUUGUAUACAUCCUGUAAAUUGUUUGCUCUGUUCCUUUUUUUUAAACUGCAUACUCUUCCCAUAUUUUACAUUUUUGCAAACAAAAUGAUAAGUGUCUGGAGUGCAGUUAUGUAGGUUGCAGACAUAAGAAGCUGCCUAACCUGCUAUAAGAACAGAGGUCCAUCUAGGUCAAGUGUGUAUGAAAAGUAACACCUCUCCAAAAAUCAGCACCACUUAUUGCCUUUCAGUGUUGAUGGACUACAGUUAAUAUCUUGAUUCCACUUCAGAUAGUUUACUGUACUUAUUUUGCAUUACUGUACUACCCAAGACAUGUUACAAUUCUUUUUCCACUAAACUAAUUCCAAUUGAUAUUGAGUGGUAGGAAGAGGAUCUGAAGCCUUCUGGUUUUACAAUUGGUGCAGUUGUUAUUUCUGGACAGAUAACAAUCUAUUAGAGCAGGGAUCCCCAACCUUGGAACCUUUAAGACUUGUGGACUUCAACUCUGGGAGUUGCCAAGGUUGGAGAUCUGUGUAUUAGAGGAUCACACAACAAAGCCACAUGUUGCUUAAAGUUCUUUGUAAGUUUCUGUUUGAUGAUAACAAUCUAGCAUUUGCAUUAAAUAUGAUUUACAAGAAUUGAUCUUCAUUAUAAUCAUAUUGAAAAUGGGCAGCUUCUCUUUUGUGGCAUGUAACUUCCCUUUAAUAACUUCUCUUGUAAAAGCAUUUAGUUGCAUCUUAAUUUGAGUAACUUUCGUUAUUGUAUUUUCUAUGUGAUUUGAAGAAAAAUGCAGAGUUAGUAAGUGCAUAACACUGCCUUUUAAUUUUAAUUUGGCAUUAUUCCUUCCUCAGUGAAAUGGCAAUUGUUUCAAUUAAAAAAGAAUCCCUAAACAUCUUUUGAACUGAAAUGAAAAAUAAUGAGUUUACAUGAAAAACUUUGAAAUAUACUCUUCAAAAUAAGUAAUGGCAUGGAGCUCUGAAAUUCUAUGAACUGAGAACCAUAGGAAAAAAUCAGUUUGAUAUUUUAGAUAUCUUGGAAGCUCCUCAUGUAUUCCAUCACUUAAUCUAACAAAAUGAAAUUUGCUUGUAACAAAGAGAUGGAAAAAUGUAGCUAUUUUCCAAUAAAUCUAUAGUUGGCUAGUUUACAGAAUUUUCCUGAUUGAUUUACAUGAAAAUGAUUACACAGUUCUGUAUUAAUAUAAUACUUCAAUGUCAAAGUCACUAAAGUAUUAGAAAAAAAAGUUGAAAGGCAAAAUAUAAUAUUAAAAAAUUAUUUUAUAAAACACAUAUAAACCAGAAAACUGUGCAUCCACUUGAAUUGCAACAUAUAAACUGCAACCAUUUGAAUUGCCAAGGAAUAGAAAUUGGUGAUGGGGAGGAAAUCACUAUGCUGCCCUAAGACUUAUGCUUAACACUGAAAUUCUAUUCAAAUCAUAGUACUGUUAUUAGAUUCAGAACACAACUAGUGCAAUGUUGUCAAUUUUGACUAAGCACUAUAUUUAUUUAACACAGUAUAUUUUUUUGGAUUGCAUACUAAACCAGUUAGUAAUUCACAAAUUAAAAGAUUCAAGAGAGACUGCCUAAGACUGCUAGACCUAAUUGCAAAACUAGUAAUUUAUGCCCUGAAUGUUCAAAGUUGUCACUGGCAAACAGCUAGACAGAAAAGUUGGACAUGCUCAGAUACAAAAUGUAUGUUGUGCGUUUUUUUCAUAUUGGUUUUAUAUUGUACACUCCCUGUGAACUUCAGUUGAAAGCAAGUUCCUGAGAAUGGAGUGAAGUAUUUGAAGAACUGAGAUUUUUUGUUGGAACUGGCAUGAAUUAAGUGAGGGAUGUUGGGAAUUUUAAUUUAAUAAUAUCUGGAAGGCUAUAGGUUCUGCAACUUUGGCCUAAAAUAAACCAAAUUUAUUUGAUUUUUGACACUAUUGUAUUUCUUAGCCUUUGCCUUCAUAGGAAAAUUUGGAAAAAUGAUUUGUUAAGAAUACAUAGAUGGCUAAAUGUAUGUCUCUUUUAAAAACAGACUGAUAAAAACGAUGCUUCUUGAGCAUCACAAUACUAAAAAAUACUGUCAUGAUUUUUAGAGCAAAAUCCUCUAAAUAAAAGACUCAUACAUGGAACAUGAUAUAAUACAAGGGGACUUUUUAAAUGCAGACUUAAUUUUCAGAUUCUUUUUUAAAUAAAUAUGUACUCAAGGAAUCAAUGGUUACUUUCAUAGUUACCAUGAUUUCAUAAUUCAUGUCAUUUGUAUAAUUAUCUCAUGACAAUGUUAUUGAGGCUUGUACCAAUCACCUAUGUUCUCCAUAAUGAAGAAUCAUUUGGUGGUACUAACCAGGUAAUUAAAAAGUUAUGGAUUUUAAUUUUUUCUGUGCCAAUUGAAACAAUGGGGAGAAAGUCCUCCAGAAGCUGCAAACUGAAUGUUAAUUUGUAAAUACAAUUUUUUUAAAACUGUGAAAAAGUUUUAAUGUGCAGUAGAAUAAAUUUUAUUUACAAACUUGUAAAGGAUCUGGAAAAAUAAUGGUUCAGCUUUUUUCCUUUUGGGUUGGGAGUUGGAAAUAAAGGCUUUAAUCAUAGGCAUUAAAGAUACAAUUAAAAAUGUAAAUGGACAUUAAAGGAAGGACACACAAUAAUCUUGGGAACAAAUCCAAUAAUAGUAGGGAGGAACAAUAGAGGCAAUAGCAAGGAUGCUUUCAAGAUCUGAAGAAUAUGUUGAAAAAUGGUUACUUGAAAAAUGGUUAUUUUUAAACUUUUACUAUUUUGAAAUCUUAUUUUUAAAAUUAAAAUAUUGUAAAGGUCUGAUAAGAUUUAUUACAUUCUUUUGAAUUUUCAAUUGUGUAAUAAUACUCAUUCUCACACAGCCCGUCUAAUGGCAAUGAUGUUCAGGCAUAGAUUGAUGAGUCAGAACCAAAGCCCUGUGCAGAACUAUGCCAAGACUAUUUGCCACUUGAAACAGACCUAGAUAAUAUCUGUGAUUCACUAAAACUAGUCCAAUACAGCAUAUUAGUUAACUUUGGGUAGUAAAUUUGUGGGAACAAAAUCAGCACCUCAAUCAUUACAAUCUGAUUCUUUAAACUGGAUACAGGUAGCCCUCAAUUUAAGAUCAUAAUCAAACCCAGAAUUUAUGAUGCUAAGUGAGAAAUUUGUUAAAUGAAUUUUGCCCCAUUUUCUUGCCACAUUUGUUAAGUGAAUCACUGCAGUUGUUAAAUCAGUGCACUAUAGACACAUUCACAAGAACCCUUAUUAAACUAUGUACACAUUUGUUAAUUUUGAUCAAAUUCUCUUGGAAAUUAUUAGAAAUAUUUAGAAAUUAUUAGUAAUAUUAGAAAUAUUUGGAGUGGCAUCUACUGUCAGCAUCUUCUCCAGAUAUUUUUAUAAACAACAAAACAACAACUUAUAAAACUGGGGGAAAAUACAAUAAUUUCUCAACUAAAUUAAGAGGGGAAAGUCUACAUUGUCAGCAUUGAAACUGACAUGGGACUUAAAUUAUUCUAUUUAGCCUUUUUUAUUCUCUAUUAUAGGAGAUAUCUAUGGCAACAAAAAGUCAUAAGUGGUCUGGUAGUUCCUUUUCUAAUUCACAAAUUAAAAGCUUAUGUUUUUAAACAAAAUUUUGUUAAUCAUAAAAGUUGCUACAAGACUCCUGAUUUUUCUCUCAUUUAUUUAUUGCAAAGGGGUCAUUUGCAUUAAGAAAUGGAUUGUCUGUGGUUUUUCUUCAGAUCUAAAUGGUCACAAAAUAAAGGGACUGUUUUCAGAAAAUAUAUUCAAUCAAAUUAAAAUAACUGCUGAAUAUUGUAGAAAUGCACUAGUGCCAUCUCAUGGGGAAAAAUGGGAUUGUAAAUUAUGUAAAUAUCUAUGGAGAUUCUCAGUCAUCCAGGUCACAGGUUUGUCCCAAAGGUGUUUUCAAGAGGCAGCUGGACUUUCUGGUUUUUCUUUGAAGACGUUUCGCUUCUCAUCCAAGAAGCUUCUUCAGCUCUGUAAAUUAUGUACUUUCAGUCCCUAAUACUUGUAAUAAAAAUACAUAAUGCA